AUGGAUAAAUGUGCAAGCAGUUUUCAUCUCUCCCAUUGUAAGCCGGCGGGUCGCGGACGAAGUGCAGUGCGAGAUGGGAUCAAAGAUGAUCCUCUCUUCACCGAUCGACAGAAGUAUAUUUUGGGCCCCUUUGAACUGUUUGGGUUCGUUGGUCUCGCAUAUUGCAUCUACACAAUCUGGCUGAAGGAAGAAAGCAAUGCCAACGUGGGUAACAAGCGCAAUCGGCGUUCGACCAGCGACGCCGAUGAUGAUGACGGCGACGAUGACGAGAUCAACGGCGGCCACCAGAGCUUGAAGAAGGUCACUCGUGAUUACGAGACCGGCUCGUUCUCCAGGAUGUUGUUUUGCCUUGCAUCACUUUCUUCGAGCGCUUCCACAGCUUUCAUCCGAGGGGAUAUCACAAACAAGAUGCGAGACCCGGAAUUUCAGGCUGCGAAAUGCUCGCACCUCCGAUGCAGAGAUACGCAGGGUGGCUAUGCCGUGUUUGUGGCUAUCGACUCUCCGUCAGACUCGUCUCAGAUGCCAUCACAAAUUGCGCCUUAUGUCGGUCGCGGUUUAUCCUUGAACCAACUCAGGAAGGUCCUUGACAGCAUGCGACUCUACGUGUCUACGGAUCAGCCGGGGUCAUGUAAGCUGGCUAUGGAUUUUGACGAGCAAAGUCAACACGUGGCGCUCAAGAUCAGACACCACCGAGGCGAGAGAAGGCUCUUCACAGCCACUGUGAGGUAUCAUUUCGGCAACCUCUUCAAUGUUCAACAUUCCACGUACAGAGUCUUCAAGACCACGAAGGUCGAAGAUAUUGGACUAGACGAGAUCGUUGCCUCCGCAGGUGGCAGUACUGGAUCCACGGCAAACAGGACCAGCAAGGCGUACCUUGACGGUCUCCGGCGAAAUGCGUUGAGUAUCUUGAACUCUGGGUUUGUUGAUGACAACCUUCGUGAUGCGAAAAGAAAGAUUGAACGGGUCAAGAAGCUGCUCUCCUUUUUCGAGUCUCGAGAUCAAGAAGUUGAAGAGUUUGAGGCCCAGGCUACUCAGACUGUUGCCGAUUUCGAAGCCCUUCUCGCCACAGGCGAGGAAAGGCUCGCAGAGAUCGAGGCAGAAGAAGAGGAACGAGCAAAGCCGGAGGACGAGUAUCUCAAGGCUCAGAAAGAGAUGCAAGAGAUCACAGAUGCGCUGGACGUUCUUUCGUCGUGA